AUGUUGCCCCCCGCCAGCAGGCGGCUCCUGGCCCUGCUGCUCCCCGAGCGCGGGCGGUGGGCGCUCGUGGGGGUGCUGAUGGCGGCCGCGGCCCUCGACCCCAAUUUUGGGAGUUCAACCCCCGGGUUUGGGGUCUUAGCCCACAACCAGGGAGGUGAGGUGGCUGGCCCCUACUUCACGGGCCACGUCGCUGACCGGGUGACGCGGGAGGAGGACGCGUGGGCGGCCGUGUGGCCCUUGGUGGCGCUGGGGCUCGGCAGCGCCCUGGCCGAGCUGGGCUGUGACGGAGCGGCGACCGCGGCGCUGACCCGGGCUCGGGGGCGGCUCCAGAGCGGCGCGGUGGCCGCGGUGCUGCGGGGGGACGUGACUGGCCCGGGGGGCGUCCUGGGGGACACUCCGGGCGCGGUGGCCGCGCGGGUGACGGGGGACGCGGCGGCGGCCCACGGGGCUCUGGCCGACGAGCUGGUGCCGGCGCUGUGGGCACUGGCCCGGGCAGGGGCUCUGCUGGCCGUGAUGGGCUCGCUGGCCCCGCUGCUGGCCCUGGGCACCCUCCUGCUGCUGCCCCUGCUCCUGCUGCUGCCGCGUCGCGUGGCCGCCACUCAGCAGGAGCUGGCACGGAGAGCACAGCUGGCUCUGGCUGGUGCCACCGCGGUGGCCCUAGAGUCACUGGGGGCCCUGGGGACCGUCCGGGCCUUUGGCUACGAGGCCGGAGUGACCGCCCGUGUCCAGCAGCGCCUGAGCCACGGGCACCGCCUGGAGAGCAGAGAGGCCCUGGCAUAUGGGGUGGCACGCUGGGCCAGCGGGUUCCCCACACUGGUCCUGAAGCUGGGGCUGCUCCUCGGGGGGGGACACUUGGUGGCUUUGGGGACCAUGACCCCUGGGGAGCUGGUCACCAUCCUCAUGUGCCACCUGCAGUUCACCAGGGCCGUGGAGGUGAGGAGCGUGUCCCCACUGUGUCCCCAACCCAUUCCCAAUGUGUCCCCAACCUGUCCCCCGUGUGUCCCCAGUAUGUCCCCAAUGUGUCCCUAUCCUGUCCCCAACCCCAUUAUUCCCCAUGUCACUGUCCUCCCAUGUCCCCCUCUCAUGUCCCCGUGUCCCCACACCCUCCCAACCACCCCGGUGUCCCCGUGUCCCCAGUCGCUGCUGUUGCACCUCCCGGUCCUGGCCAAGGCCGUUGGCUCCUCUGAGACGCUCCUGGAGCUGCUGGACGAGGCCAAGAAGGUGACAGCGCUGGGGACACCGUCCCCUGUCACCCCCGGGGACCAGGGGGGCUCCAGCACGCCGGGACUGUGUCUCAAGGAUGUCACCGUGACCUACCCCGGGCGGGCCGAGCCCAUCCUCAAGGGGGUGUCUCUGUCCGUGCGUCCCGGGGAGCUCGUGGCGGUGCUGGCGCCCCCUGGCGGCGGGAAGAGCUCCCUGGCGUUGGCCGCACUGGGAGUGCGCCCCCUGGCGGCCGGGGCCGUGCUGCUGGAUGGGACCCCCCUGGGCCCCCACGCCGACCCCGCCCUGCGGCGACAGGUGGCUGGUGUCCCACAGUCCCCAUCCCUCCUGUCCCGCUCCCUCCGUGCCAACAUCACGCUGGGCUGGGGACACGGGGAGGGGACGCAGGUGACACAAGUGACACGAGUGAUGGCAGCGGCGCAGCGGGUGGGGGUGCACGCCUGGGCCACGCGGCUGCCACAUGGCUACGACACGGAGGUGGGCCCGCGGGGGAUGAAGCUCUCGGGGGGGCAGGCGCAGGGGGUGGCGCUGGCCCGGGCCCUGCUCAGGACCCCCCGCCUGCUGGUGCUGGACGAGCCCACGCGGGCGCUCGACCCCGUGACCCGGAGCAAGGUGGAGCAGGAGCUGCUGCGCCCCGGUGGUCCCGGGGCGGGGGAGGGGCCGGCGGUGCUGUUGGUGACAGGACAGGUGGCCCUGGCCCGGCGGGCACCCAGGGUGGCCCUGCUGGAGGGGGGGCGGCUGCGGGAGCUGGGGGGGCCCGGGGAGCUGGGGACACCCCCCUGGGACACUGCAGGGGACAGCGGGGACACCGGGGACGGGGACUCUGGGGACACCGGGGACGGGGAGCGGGACUCUAGGGACACCAGGGACACCGGAGACACCAGGGAUAAGGACACCGGGGAUGGGGACGCUGGGGACAAGUAG